AUGCAGCCGCCCCCCCAGGCAGCCCCAUCCGGUGUGGUUGGGCCACCUCCAGCUGGGACUCCUCAGAGCAUGUUCUGGUCCAACAGACCGUAUAGGAGACAGGCAAAUAAUAACGCAUCCGUGACUCCUAUAACUUGCCCACUGCAGCCGGUGACGGAUCCAUUUGCUUUUAGUAGACAGGCGCUACAAAAUACAUCGUUGGGCAGUUCGUCCAAAAGCAGCCCACCCAUUCUGCAAGGCCCGGCCCCUCUACCAGCAUUCCUUCAGCGCACCGGUCUGCCUGUGCCUCACACAAAUGCUGGGGAUACCCUCCAGGGACCGGUGUCACAGCCCAGAGCAGAUGGCAGUCUGUUUUCCAGUGUGUUGACCCCUUCAACUCCAUCGGAGCCUGAGGUGAACAGGAGUGCCGAGGUUGCUCCCGGCUCAGAACCUGAAGUUCAGACUCUGCCAUAUCCUCAGUACAUUCCAGCAGCGGGUGUUGACAGUUCUCAUGGGGGCCAUCCUCACACGAACGUGCUUGGGCCUGAUAGGCCCCUGAGUAGGCAGAACCCGCAUGACGGUGCUACAGCAUUAGCACCAUCCCCUUCCUUCCCUCAGCCUCGUCAGCAAAUGCCAGGGCAGUGGGGACCAGGGCAGGGAGGCCCACAACCCUCAGGUCAACAUUAUUGGCCCCGCCCAGAAGGACCUGUUCAGAACGCGGUGCCUCACACCUCCAGCGUUUCUCACUUCCCUGCUCCGUCCAACCCGCAUCAUGGUCCUGGCCACGAGCAGCUCAACCCACUGGUGUGUUUGCCAGGACCCUUAGCCAGUGAUGGAAGCAACGAGGCGGCCUACCUACAGAGUGGAAACCAUUCAACAAACUUUGAUCCUGAAAAUGCAUUCAGGCAAAAUUCUAGAGCUGGGAAUACUCGGGCGAGCCAGGAGCUCAGGCCAAAUCCAGGAGUGAAUAAAGAGCAGUUGCCAGACCUCGCUCUCGUUAAUCCCCGCGCUCAGGGAAAUAGCCCAGAAAGCCAUUUGCACUACCCCCCAGGGGCCGGGACCAGCCGAGCCCUGUCAGAAAUGGACUCUGGGGCUCUCUCCAUGUUUUUCCAAGGUGGGGAAACAGAAAAUGAGGAGAAUCUCUCCUCUGAAAAAACAGGCUCUGCUGGUCAGUCUGACUUCGACGGCUUCUCCCCCAGCCCCGCACUUGGUCAUCCUCCUGCACAUGUGGGAGCAGGUGGCAUUUACCAGGCCUUUCCCAAAGGUUCCAACAAUGAGGCCAUCACCACCGCUGUGUGGGGUAGCACAGCAAGUGCAGGGGUGCACGCGGCCAGCAGCUCACAGUCUGAGAAUGUGGAAGACCUAGAAUUCAUUCAGAAUCAGGAAGUUCUGCCAAGUGAGCCCCUGAGUUUGGACCCUUCCUCCCCAAGCGAUCCGGUCAGAUACGGGCCCCUGCCCGGGCCAGCCGUCCCCAGGCUUGGUGGUGUGGGCCACACUGGAGGUGGGGGUCCAAAUCUCGAGGCUCCGGAUUCAUCGCUGCACCCUGUGCGGUCUGAUGGUGUGUCAUCCGGUUACAGUAGCAAGAACCACAGGAGUCUCCCGAGUGCCGCCAGACCCCAAGACGUAGGCACUUUCAUUCAGCAGGAAGUUGGAAAACCUGAAGAUGAGUCUUCGGGGAGUUUUUUUAAGCAAAUUGAUUCUUCUCCUGUGGGAGGAGAGACAAACGAGACCACCGUGAGUCAGAAUCACCACAGCAGCCUGUCCCAGCCCUCAACCCCAAGCCCCCCAAAACCCACUGGAAUAUUUCAGACAAGUGCAAAUAGUUCUUUUGAACCAGUGAAAUCCCACUUAGUUGGAGUAAAACCCGUCGAGGCCGAUCGUGCCAACGUGGUGGGUGAGGUGAGAGGGGCCACUGCCCACCAGAAGCAGCACAGAGCCGUUGCUGCCCCACCCGACACCUCCCCCGGCAACCUGGAGCAGCCGCCGGACAACAUGGAGACCCUGUUCACACUCCAGGCCUGUUCUCCACCCUUUUCCGUACCUGUGGAGCCUGGGCACGGGCUCGUGCACACCGGGGGACUGCCCUUGGAAACUGUGCUCCUGGCAGCGGAGAAAGGGCCUUUGGCCAGAGCCCAGGGAGCUGUGAAGUGUGAGAGCCCAGUGACGACGUUGUGGGCACAGAAUGAGUUGCCAGAUUUUGGAGGCAAUGUCCUUCUAGCCCCAGCUGCUCCUGCGUUGCACAUGCCUGUGAAACCCCAGCCGUCGGAAGUGAUUCAGCCUCCAGAUGAGGGCGUGUCCACUCUGCAGUCCCAGCAGCCGGGCUCCGGCCUCUCUCUGCCGAGUGGGGACAGCAUCUGUGCUUCUGAGAACCUUGAGAAUCCUCCCAAGAUGGGAGAAGAGGAGGCCCUCCCGUCACAGGCAAGUUCCGGCUAUGCCAGUCUAUUGUCCUCACCGCCCACUGAAUCUUUGCAGAAUCAACCAGUCUUGAUUGCCCAGCCUGAUCAAAGCUAUAAUUUGGCUCAGCCCGUUAAUUUUUCUGUGUCCUUAUCUAGUCUUAAUGAGAAGAAUCAGCCCUGGAGAGAUGCUAUGGUCGGGGAUAAGCCCUCGGCAAGCAGCCGGGCUGUGGGGGGGGACUCUGGAGAUGGUGCUGCUGUGUCUGGGAUCACGGCCGGCUCUCUCACCCGCUCGCCUCUGCCUAACAGUCUCAUGCACAGUAGUUUUCCACAAGUUCCUGGUACUUCGGAAAUAGUUUCUAAUCAGCCUGCUAAUUUGCUGGUUCAGCCACCACCUCAUCCAGUUCCAAAGAAUUUGCUUUCAGAAAGCCAAAAGAUUGAUAAUGCAGAGAACGUUCUUCCCGAGUUGGUUAGUAGCCCUGCUGGAAGCGCAGGCGUGUUGUUAGUGCCCCCUGCAAACGCUACCUCAGUACCUGCUGGUAAUAAGGCAGAUUACUCCGGUCAUCGGGAAGAAACUUCUGGAGCCCUAGACUUCACACUAAAUAGGACUUUGGAAAAUCCUCUACGAAUGUAUAGCCCAUCCCAUUCUGACAGCUCUGCGGGUCAGCACACCGUCAGCAGUCACCCGAGACAACCUGGGCCCGGGCCACGUAACUCAGACCAUUUCUACCAACAGGUGACAAAAGACGCUCAGGACCAGCGUGGCCUAGAGAGAGCCCAGCAGGAGCCAGCACCACCUCUUCCACAAGGGCCCAAAGCAACGUGUUCAGAACCUUCAAACCCAGGAAGUCCACCCUUGCAGGGACAGUCCCAAAACUUGGUCCCACCACCUGCAAGCCCAGCGCCAGGUGACACAGGUCAGCCACUGCCGGCCCGGCCACCUCGGUCCUCCAGCGCAUCGGUCGUGUCCACCAGCUCGAGCCAGGCAGCCAUGCAGUCGGACCAGCACUGGCCGCAGCCGCCGCCUCCGGAUUUGGCAUCUUACUACUAUUACAGACCCCUGUACGACGGCUACCAGUCCCAUUACCCCUCGCCAUACCCGCUGGAGCCUGGCACAGCCCCCCUCUAUUACCAGGACGUCUAUGGCCUGUACGAACCCAGGUUCAGGCCCCACGACAGUGCGGCGUCUGCCUACGCUGAGAGCUACCGCUACGCCGGCCCUGAGCGACCCAGCUCCCGAGCAAGUCACUGCUCAGACCGGCCACCUGCCAGGCAAGGGUACCCCGAAGGUUACUACAAUUCCAAAAGUGGAUGGAGCAGUCAGAGUGACCACUAUGCAGAUUAUUACUCCGGCCAGUUCGACUACGGAGACCCAGGUCGCUGGGACCGGUACCACUAUGGUUCCAGAUUCAGGGAUCCCCGCACCUGUGACCGGAGGUAUUGGUAUGAUGCUGAAUACGAUGCAUACAGGAAAGAAAACUAUGCUUAUGGCGACAGGCCGGAGAGGUACGAUGACCCCUGGAGGUACGACCCUCGCUUCACUGGCAGUUUUGAUGACGACCCCGAGCCCCACAGGGACCCUUACGGGGAGGAGGUGGACAGGCGCAGCGUGCACAGCGAGCGCUCAGCCCAGAGCCUGCGCAGCAGCUUCAGCUCCCACUCGCAUCAGAGUCAGAUUUACAGAAAUCACAGUGUGACUGCUGUUCCCUAUGAGGCCCCACACCCCCCCGGCUCCUUGCCUGGCCAGUAUGCCUACGGCGCCUACGGCAGCAAUUUCGGCAGUGCCCAGGGCUUCCCAGAGUACGGUUACCCUGCCGAAGCUGGCUGGCCUACUGCGGAGCGAGCUCCAUCAAGACCAACUUCUCCUGAGAAGUUCUCAGUGCCUCAUGUCUGUGCCAGGUUCGGUCCUGGGGGUCAGCUCAUUAAAGUGAUUCCAAAUCUGCCUUCGGAAGGACAGCCUGCAUUGGUUGAAAUUCACAGCAUGGAGACCUUGCUGCAGCACAUGCCAGAGCAGAAGGAGCUGCGCUCGUUCCCAGGACCGCUCGGCAAAGAUGACACCCAUAAAGUGGAUGUUAUUAAUUUUGCACAGAACAAAGCUACAAAAUGUUUGCAGAACGAAAAUUUAAUUGACAAAGAGUCUGCAAGUCUCCUUUGGAGUUUCAUUGUUCUCUUGUGCAGACAGAAUGGGACCGUGGUGGGAACAGACCUCGCGGAGCUUUUGUUACGAGACCACAAAACCGCGUGGCUUCCUGGGAAGUCACCCAACGAGGCCAACCUGAUUGAUUUCACUAACGAGGCCGUGGAGCAAGCGGAGGAAGAGGAGUCCGGGGAGGCCCAGCUCUCGUUUCUCACUGACAGCCAGGCAGCCGGCAGCAGUGCCCUUGAAAGGGAGACCGAGAGGUUCCGGGAGCUGUUGCUGUACGGCCGCAAGAAGGAUGCUUUAGAGUCUGCCAUGAAAAAUGCCUUAUGGGGUCAUGCUCUGUUACUUGCAAGUAAGAUGGACAGCCGGACACACGCCCGCGUCAUGACCAGGUUCGCCAACAGUCUUCCAAUCAACGACCCUUUGCAGACAGUGUACCAGCUGAUGUCGGGGCGGAUGCCUGCUGCGUCCACGUGUUGCGGAGAUGAGAAGUGGGGAGACUGGAGGCCGCAUCUUGCUAUGGUUUUGUCCAACCUGAGCAGCAACGUGGAUGUGGAGUCCCGGGCGAUGGCCACCAUGGGUGACACUCUGGCUUCAAAAGGUCUCUUAGAUGCUGCACACUUUUGCUACCUCAUGGCCCAGGUCGGGUUGGGGGUUUAUACAAAGAAAACCACAAAACUCGUCUUAAUUGGAUCGAACCACAGUUUGCCGUUUUCAAAGUUUGCAUCCAAUGAAGCUAUUCAGAGGACAGAAGCCUAUGAAUAUGCCCAGUCUCUUGGGGCACAGACCUGCUCCUUCCCCAAUUUCCAGGUGUUCAAGUUUAUCUACUCCUGCCGCCUGGCUGAAAUGGGGCUGGCCACACAGGCCUUCCACUACUGCGAGGUGAUUGCCAAGAGCAUCCUGCUGCAGCCGCACAAGCACUCGCCCGUGCUCAUCAGCCAGCUGGUUCAGAUCGCGUCCCAGCUGCGGCUCUUCGACCCGCAGCUGAGAGAGAAGCCGGAGGAGGAGGCCUUUGUUGAGCCCGCCUGGUUGGUCCAGCUGCAGUGUGUGGACAAGCAGGUCAAGGAGGGCGCCAUGGCGUGGAGUCGGGACGGGACUUUCCCCCAGCGCUGUCCCAGCACCCCGAGCUCCGAGGCGGGGCAGUACAACGGGCCAGCGCCCACCCAGCCAGGGGGCCCGGGCACCGGCAAUCCGCUGCUGGCACCGCCUGGGCCCAGUGCUGAGCACUUGGGCCAGGGGGUGCGGCUGCUGCCUUCAGCUCCGCCGGCCCACCCCGACAGCCAGCCGGCCCUCCCCGCCAGGGUGCCAUUGUUCCCGGUGCCCCCACCCCCAGGCCCUGUUGAGCUGGGGCCUGGCUGUGGAUCCCCAGGGGCUGCCCUUGGCUUUCCAGAGCCCUCUGGGCCUGACCCUGUAGCUCCGUACGCGGGGCCUGGCCUGCCACCUGUUGCACCAUCUCUACAGGAAAGUGAGCACACGCCCCAGGAGGCCAGGAGCCAGGACCCAGGGGUGAUGCCACCGGAGGCUCUUGGGAGAAACUCGCUUCUGGAGCUGAGAGAAGAGGGUUUUGGUGGAAAUUUUGCUCAUCUGGGCUCCUCCAGGAUGUCGCAGGGCUCUGAGGCCCCCCCGGGUUGGGAGCGUGCCAGCUCCAGUGCCAUGCAGCCGCCGACAGCCGCUCCUGAAGUGAAGAGACCUGCGCCAGCUGCCAGGAGAGAGGCCAAGGAGCCCAAGAAGAGUAGUGAAUCCUGGUUCUCUCGUUGGCUUCCUGGGAAAAAAAGGACCGAAGCUUACUUGCCAGAUGACAAGAACAAAUCGAUCGUCUGGGAUGAAAAGAAGAACCGAUGGGUGGAUGUAAAUGAGCCAGAGGAGGAGAAGAAGGCUCCACCCCCACCACCAACCUCGCUCCCCAAGGCUCCGCUCGCUGCACCCCCCGGUCCUGGAGGGCCCCCGAGGGCCGCUGUGAACAUGUUUUCUAGGAAAGCAGCUGGAGCCAGAGCACGCUACGUGGAUGUUUUAAACCCGGGGGGGCCCCAGCGGAGUGAACCAGCUCUUGCUCCUGCUGAGUUUUUUGCUCCUCUUGCCCCGCUCCCAAUUCCUGCUCACUUGUUCGGACCAAACCCAGACGCAGAGGAAGCCCCACCUGCAGAGGGGGCCAGCAGGGAAGGGCAGGCGCCCGCAGGGGGUCCGGCCAACCUAGAGCCGGCCUCGGAGCCCCAGGCGUUCGGCUCCUCGGUGUCGCUCUCCGGCCCUGAGCUCCCACCCACCCGUGAGGACAGCUCCCAGGGAGGAGAGCUUUCACGCUGUAGUUCAAUGAGUUCAUUAUCACGUGAAGUAAGCCAGCAUUUUUAUCAGGCUUCCAGUGACCACCCCCCUGCAGGGGCCACUCCCGGGGCAGCCGUGCCCUUCUACAGCCCUGCUCAGUUUGCACAGGUCUCGGCCCCCUCGGGAGGCUCAAGGAUGGGGAGGAUUGGGCAGAGAAAAUACCCGGCGUUGAGCUAG